CGUCCCCCGGGCCACGGGGACCCCAGGCCCAGCUCCCAGCUGAUCAAUUCAGGCAGGGAGCAGACUGGGUGCCGGGCUUGGGGGUUGGUCCUGGGGGAGGCUGAGACCUGGCAGAGGCCUGGCAGUGACUAAAAUAGCACCUGCCCGGCACACGCCUCCCUCACUGCCCGGCGGCUGCCCAGGCCCCUCAGUCUCGCCCCGGCUUGGGGAGGACAUCCCGGAGGGAGGAGGCAAGAGGCUCCACUCAAAAAGAGGAACCCCAGGAAGGGAUGUCCAGAGGAGGACGUGUCUCGCUGGCCUGCCCAUUGCCUGCUCAGCCUCACUCCCUGUCCUUGGGACAGCCCAGCACUGUCCCCCACCUGGACACAGCUCCCAGACACAGAUUCUCUGGACACAGAGCCCCUGGACACGGCCUCCAGACACAAACCCUGGACAUACACCUUGGACACGGCCCCCGGACAAAGACCCUGGACAUAGGCGCCUUGGACACAGCUGCCGUGGACACAGAUCCCCUGGACACAACUCCUGGACCUAGCCCUCCAACACAGGCCCUGGACACAGUUCUUGGACACAACCACUAGACAUGGGCCCUGGUCAUGGCCCCCUGGACAUGCCCCUUGGACACGGCCUUCUGGACACGGCCCCUGGUUAUGCCCCCUGGACAUGCCCCUUGGACACGGCCCUCUGGACACAGCUCCCUGGACAUGCCCUCUGGACACAGCCCCUGGACACGGCCCCCUGGACAUGCCCCCUGAACACAUCCCCAGACACGGGCCCUGGACAUGCCCCUGGACACUGGCACAUGAACACAGCCCGUGGAUACAGCCCAUGGACACGGCCCCUGGACAUGCCUCCUGGACACGGCCCUCUGGACACAUCCCCCUGGAACGGCCCCUGGACGUGCCCCCUGGACACGGCCCCCGGACACAUCCAGCCAUCAAGUCCCAGAUGCUGCCACAACCCCACCCUGACCUCCCUGCACAGAUGACCACAAGAAGUGUCCAGAAACCUCAUCUCUUCAGAGCCUUACCCUACUAGGGAAAAAUAGGGACAGUACAGGUGUGUCUAGAAGUAUGGAUCGACCAGGAAACUGUCCACAUGUCAGCAGGAAGCAACUAUAGAAACAUGAAACGCUGUCCUUCAACAGCCCAAAAAGAUUUUUUUUUUUUUCAUGCGAAAGAUAGGAGGAGAGAGAGAAGAACUCUGGCACAUGUGCUGCUGGGGAUCGAACUGAGGACCACACAUCUGACAGUCCAGUGCUUUAUCCACUGCUCCACCUCCCAGACCCCUCCCAAAAAAGAAUUUUGAGUCCAUGCUCCUAGAGGAGGAAAUGUUGAGGGAGAGAAGGACCACCCAGAAAUGGGAGUGGUUGCAGGUGUAGGUGGGGCCUUUGACUUUAAGGGGGUAAAUCUUUGGAGCUCGGGCUCUCUUUGUCCAGACUACCAUGUGACCGUCAAGCCUAUAAGUGAGCUCCCUUUCUUUCUCCUUUUUCUCUACCUCUCUCUCUCCCUAACAUAU